AUGGGUUCUCUUUCCCCUCAAUCGCCUUUACGAUCUUCACAAGAUAAUCCUCCCUCAAAUCACUGCAUAUAUGUAUCAUUUUGUUGUAGAGAUGCAUCGCCUAACACCAACAUGUCCAACUGGAUAGAGUGUUACAGUCCUUCAAUCAAUGCUUGGCGCCAUGUUACCAGAAUCCCUGGACUUGUUGAAAACCAUACACUAAAGGGUUUCUCCAUGGCUUCCAUUGAUGACUCAAUUUAUAUAAUUGGAGGCCGGCUUUCCCAUAAGUUACCCGGCCAUGUCCAAGAUGAAGAAGACCUUGAAGUACAAUCAUCAGUUCUACGUUAUAAUGUACGUGACAAUAAAUGGCAUAAAUGUGCCUCACUAAGCACACCAAGGUUUGAUUUUGCUUGCACUGUAAAUGACAAUAAAAUCUACGUGGCCGGAGGAAAGUGUGCGCUGACAUGCCCACGUGGAAUUUCAUCUGCUGAGGUGUAUGACCCGGCUCUUGAUGAGUGGAAAGCACUGCCCAAUAUGAGUACUUUGAGAUACAAAUGUGUUGGGGUGACAUGGCAAGGGAAAAUCCAUGUGGUGGGAGGUUUUGCUGAGAGAGGCAACUCCAAUGCAGAAGGGCCUUGGCACAUAUUGGAACGGUGUUCUGCUGAGGUGUAUGAUUCAGAGCAUGAUAGGUGGAAUCUGAUGUUGGGGAUGUGGCAAUUAGAUGUGCCACCUAAUCAAAUAGUAGCUAUGAGUGGCAAUUUGUUCAGCUCUGGAGAUUGCUUAAAUGCUUGGAAGGGUCAUAUCGAGGCCUAUGAUGGGAAACUUAAUAUGUGGAAUGAAGUUGAUGGAUCACAUUUAGAAACUCUAUCUUCUCCUAUUUCAACAUCAGAUGCCACAGAGGAUAAUUGGCCACCCAUCCAACGGCUUUACCUUACCAUGGCUCCUAUUGGAACCCACUUGUACUUCUUGGCAGGUUACCGUUUGCCAGGUGAGAUCUCAAGAUCAAUGUCGGUUGUCCACGUAUUUGACACAUCAGCAAAUGAAUAUGGCUGGAGGAGUUUUGAACCCAUGGAAGAGGAAGGUGAAAAAGAGCUUUGCAGUCACUGCUGUGUUGUUAGACAGACCUUAUAG